CGUCGAUGCAGAAUCGAUUUACUUGUAUCACCACAGAUAAGAUUGUUCUCGAUCAAGUCACUUGCUUUACCUCUUGCAUCUUUCCCUCCACAAUGUCAGAUUUAGCUCAAGGUAAGCAUACUGCGUGUUGGGGGAAGCGAUGAGUCUAAUUACAGGUAUUUUUUUGUAGCAUUAGAAAUUUACGUCCAAACUAAAAGGGCAAGAGCAACUAUACAAGGCUUCAUCAAUAACGAUGAAAACCACAUCGAGGUGUUGAUUGUUUGGUUUGAAGCAUUUGCCGAAUAUGACGAUGCAGUGAUGGCUUUUAUUAAAAAGUUCAAGAAAGUGUACAAGGAUAUCAUAAAAAAAUCAUACAAAAACAAGGCAAAAGUCGAUUUGAAGAGAAUUUUUCAACUGUCAAAAUCUCAAACGAACGCGUUGGUGAAUGGAAGCAAAGUCUUGGAAGAAGCUACAAAUGCUGCCUCAGAGAAAUUAAUCUUGAGACUGAAACGAACACCAACGACUGUGCCUGGUACGUCUUUCUCAUCCUCAUCUACUGGUGCUUCCUCAUCUACUGGUGCUUCUUCAUCUACUGCUAGCGGUUCAUCGAUUGAAGAUAAAUUGAAGUCAUAUAUCAAAUUGUCUAAAGAUCAAUCAAAAAGGCACGGGUUCAACUUGCAAACUCAAGUACACAAAGUAUUAGCCAGUCAAAACAUAAUACUACUCAAGGAGGGACAGGUGUGUCCAGAACUCGCAAAGCAUGUCGAUACCGCAUACCUCCUGAAAAAUAUCAGAGCGAAAGCAAUGGCCAAAGAUGUCACAGUCGACAGCACGAUGUACUUGUCACUAUGCACCUUGUUUCGAGAUGUGAACAACACAAUCGACCGAACAAAGCUGAAGAUCGAAAUCAACCGACUAUUUGAAGUUGCCUCCAAAGAGGAUCGAAAUAUCAUCGAGAUAUUCGCUAAUUUGGUUACCAAACUGCCCAAAUUCGAACGACUUUCUCCUGUAGGAGAAAUGGAAUUGACGGUGAAUUUUUUGGACCCAAUUCUUUCGCCUAUGUUUCAUUGCCCAGACAACAACAAGCAUCUCAUGUGGUUAAAUCGUAAAGAUGAAAACACAGCGAUAUUCCGACCAGAUGCGACCACUGUUGCGAUCCAGCAAAAAGCAGAUACUGUUACUUUGGGAUACGUAGAAGUGAAACCGCCAGAUUUCGAAUCCAAUCCCGAGUUGGCAUUCAUGGACUUGGUUCGUUUAGCCACAUUUUCUCGCCGUUUGAUGUUAAGGAAAAAUAAUCGUAAGGUGAUUGUGGUGCAAUGUAUUGGUUAUCACAUGGUGUUCUACUUGGUCUCCGCAUUCACAGAAGAAAUCACACAAAUGGCUGAGAUCUUGUCCAUCGAUGUCCCCAAAGACAUUGGGCAGAUUGGGUGCCUUCUACCAAAGGUAGACGACUUCAAGCGACUGUUACUGUUGUACGAACAUCAAAUAGAGACACGGUACAAAAUCUCUAGAGCACUUGAGGAAGAAGACGCUGCUCCACCAAUGGAUGCAAUCAACCCCAAACGUCGCAAACAAAAAAUCCCCUCGUUCUCUUUGGUGUAAGGUUUCGCGCUCUACCUACUCCCCUCCCCCUCAUCUAUUUUUUCUCCUGUAGUCCAAUAUGCAUCUAUAACCUAUGAAACAAAGCAUAACCAAGUUAUCCAUUUCUAUAUAAAGUCUUUUAAACUGUUUCCAUUUAGAAUGUUAUCGAGCUUUAUUGAAUAAUAC